AUGUCAAGCAAAGUAAUUACCUCAUUCCUCUUGUUUCUUGGCAUAUGCCUGUUUCCCACAAUCCGUGCUUUAAACCAAGAAGGCCUCUCUCUUCUGUCAUGGCUUUCUACCUUCAAUUCUUCGUCUUCUGCGAGUUACUUCUUUUCGUGGGAUCCGACGGACCAAAAUCCCUGCAAAUGGGAUCACAUUAAAUGUACAAACGAUGGAUUUAUUUCGGAAAUUACAGUCACUUCUAUCUGUCUUCCCACUACAUUUCCAACUCAGUUCCUUUCCUUCAACUAUCUUACAGUACUUGUUCUCUCCAAUGGCAACCUCACCGGUGAAAUUCCACCGUCGAUCGGAAACUUGUCGUCGCUGAUCACUUUGGAUCUCAGUUUCAAUUCUCUGACAGGGAGCAUACCACCUGAAAUUGGAAAACUAUCAGAAUUGCAGCUAUUAUCAUUGAACUCAAACUCCUUGCAUGGAGGAAUUCCAAAAGAAAUAGGAAACUGCACGCAACUGCAGCAGCUCGAACUCUUUGAUAAUCAGCUCAAUGGAAAAAUUCCUCCAGAAAUUGGACGGUUAAGGGCUCUGGAGAUCUUUCGUGCAGGGGGAAAUGUAGGAAUCCAUGGAGAAAUACCAACUGAGAUAUCACACUGCACAAGUCUAGUUCUUUUGGGACUUGCAGAUACCGAGAUUACAGGUCAGAUUCCGCGCACUUUAGGAAAACUGAAGAACCUCAAGACACUUUCAGUCUACACAGCAAAUCUCACAGGCAAGAUCCCACCAGAACUCGGUAACUGCUCAGCAUUAGAAAAUUUGUUCAUGUAUGAAAAUCAAAUAUCUGGCGGAAUUCCACUUGAGUUAGGUUCCCUUAAGAAUCUGAAAAGGGUUUUGCUGUGGCAGAACAAUCUGAAAGGAACAAUUCCAGGAUCUCUUGGUAACCUUUCAAGUUUGAAAGUAAUCGAUUUUUCAUUGAACUUUCUAACUGGAAAACUUCCUCCAUCUCUUCAAUAUAUAGGCACACUGGAGGAAUUACUUUUGUCCGAUAACUAUAUUACAGGUGAAAUACCACAGUAUAUUGGAAAUUUCUCCAACUUGAGACAACUUGAAUUGGACAACAACAAUAUUUCUGGAGAGAUUCCGUCCGAAAUCGGGAAACUAAAAGAGCUCUCUCUUUUCUUUGCCUGGCAGAAUCAACUGCAUGGAAAGAUACCAAUUGAGCUAUCAAAUUGCCGGAAAAUUCAAGCUUUGGAUCUAUCUCACAAUUCACUCACAGGACCACUUCCAAAGUCUUUGUUUAAUCUCAGGAAUUUAACUAAGAUUCUAUUGAUUUCAAAUCAACUUUCAGGUCAAAUUCCACCUGAUAUUGGCAAUUGCACCAGCUUAACCCGGUUACGGCUGGGAUCAAACCUGUUUGAUGGUCAAAUUCCAUCAGAAAUCGGACAGUUGAAGACUUUGAGUUUCCUUGAACUGUCAGGAAAUCGAUUCUCAGGAGCAAUCCCCACAGAUCUUGGCUACUGCACACAACUGGAAAUGGUUGAUCUGCAUGGAAACAAGCUUCAAGGCGAGAUUCCUCAGUCUUUUGUGUCUCUGACUGAACUCAAUGUGUUAGAUCUUUCCAUGAACAAUAUAUCAGGCAGUAUACCAGAAUAUAUAGGAAAGCUCACAUCGCUUAACAAACUUAUGCUGAGUGGAAACUACAUCUCUGGUUCGAUUCCUCAAUCACUUGGCCUUUGCAAGGAUUUGCAGUUGCUGGAUUUGAGUAGCAACAGACUCAGUGGUUCAAUCCCAGAUGACAUUUGUCACCUGAAAGAAUUGGACAUACUAUUAAAUUUAAGCUCGAAUUCUUUAACGGGACAAAUCCCAGAAGGAUUUUCAAAUUUCUCAAAUCUUGCCAACAUGGACAUAUCCCAUAAUAUGUUGACAGGAAGCCUGCAAGUUCUCAGCAACCUAGAAAAUCUUGUUUCUUUGAAUGUUUCCUAUAACAAUUUUUCAGGUUCUCUUCCCAACACCAAAUUUUUUCGGGAUCUUCCUGAUAGCUCAUUUGCUGGAAAUCCAGAACUUUGCUUUGCUAGGAACAAAUGCCAUGUCAGCAAACACCUUCAUAGCCAAAAAUUUGUUAAAAUUCUCACUAUCAUCGUUGUCCUCCUUGUCAUCAUGACUUCUUUAACUAUGACAGCAGGAACAAUCUUAUUUAUCAGAGCACACGAUGCAACAUUCAGGAAGAAUGAUGAAGAAAAUCACCUCGAGUGGGAUUUAACUCCAUUCCAAAAGAUUAAUUUCUCAGUAAAUGAUGUGGUAACCAAACUUUCAGAUUCUAACAUUGUGGGAAGAGGCUGCUCUGGUAUUGUUUAUCGUGUUGAGACACCGACACAGCAAGUCAUUGCUGUCAAGAGACUAUGGCCAAAGAAGAGUGGUGAGAUUGCACAAAAAGACCAAUUUUCAGCAGAAGUUACAGUACUGGGAUCGAUUAGACAUAAAAAUAUAGUACGACUUCUAGGUUGUUGUGACAAUGGGAAAACUAGACUGCUCUUGUUUGAUUACAUCAGUAAUGGGAGUUUAGCUGUACUUCUCCAUGAGAAGAAGACAUUCUUGGACUGGGAUGCAAGGCUUGUAAAUUCUUCAGGCUCUUCAAGCGCUUCCAACAUAGUAGCAGGAUCGUUGGGAUACAUUGCUCCUGAAUGUGGAUACAGUCUGAAGAUUACAGAGAAGAGUGAUGUAUACAGCUAUGGCAUUGUGCUCCUAGAGAUCGUAACAGGGAUGGAACCAACCGAUCCCCGGAUUCCAGAUGGUGCUCACAUCGUUAUGUGGGUUAAUGAAGAACUGAGAACAAGACACAAAAAGUUGACCUCAAUUGUUGAUCUACAAUUACUUCACCGAUCAAGUACACAAACUGAAGAGAUGAUUCAAGUGCUUGGUGUGGCUCUACUUUGUGUAAACCCUUCUCCGGAAGAACGACCCACAAUGAGGGAUGUAACUGCAAUGCUGGAAGGUAUAAGACAUGAAAAUGAGGAGCUCGAGAAACCUAACCAUCUUAGGAAGGAAAUGGUCUCAAACCCAAGAGCAGCAGUUCAAUGUUCAAGUUUUUCUAGGUCAUCUGAUCGUCUAAUCAGAUCACCUCCUCAUUCCCAGCAGUCAGAUCCUUUUCUACCUAAUUCUAUAAUUAAGUAG